AUGCCGCCAUCUCACGACCUCCUUGGGCCGAGCAUCGAUCACUCCUUUCUGCGCAAGGCACGUGUCACCUACAAGCACUACCUCGAUGUCUCUGUGCCGCACCGUGGGCUACGAUGGUGUUUCUUCGCCUUCUUAGCAAUCCUGUACGUGGCCCGCGUAGUCACUUUCGGUGGGUUCUACGUGAUCACCUAUGGCCUGUGCAUUCACUUGCUCUACUUGCUCCUCGCCGCGGGUGACUCCAACCCCCCCCAUUCCGGAAAGAGGGCGGGGGGGGGGGAGAAAGUUUUUUUUUUUUCGGCCCCCCCCCCCCCGGGGCCGGGGGGGGGGCCCCCCCCCCCUUUUUUUUUUUAA